GGCGUCCUUCAGAGUCCUCGCUCCCGCGUCAGGCGCGCACCCUAGCCGCCGGAGGAGGAAAAAAAAAAGGCGAUUUCUGUUAAAGAUGGCGGAGGGCGCGAUGUCUCUGAAGGGGAUGCGGGCGCAAAUGGCUGCCGCAGCCCAGGCGCAAGCGGAGGAGCGGCGCAGUCUGACCAGCAGCAGUCCGGGCCUGGCAGCACCUUCAGGGGGUGGCACAAAGACAGGCGCCAAGCCAGUACUUGAUGGAGCAACACUAAGGAUAGAUGACAAGCUGAGAGUGGCAAAGGAGAGGAGAGAGGAACAGGAGAAGCAGCAAGAAUGUUCCUCGUGCCCGUGUCUAACGGCGCUUGUGUGCCUGGCCGUGCUGUUGCUGCAGGAGCACUACGAGGCUGUGAUGCGGCGCACGCUGGAGCGCAGCCAGAGGCUGGAGCAGAGGCAGAAGAGGUGGUCCUGGGGAGGAGGUCCGACCGCGGAGUCGGAGAACAAGGCCGGUGAUCCUGAGACAGCCCCAGCUGUAGACUUAGUACCUUCUUCUCCAGCAGAUCCUCAGAGAGCGGAAGAAGCUGACAAACGCUCUACAUCCACAACGAACCUGAAACAGGCCGAUUGUGUAAUCAGCAAACGCCUUUCUUCAUCCUCCGCCACCCUCAUGAAUUCACCCGAGAAAACACGCCGUACCCUGGCCGGCCCCCUGGACAGCGGGGUCAUCAGCCGCCUGCUCACGCCCACGCAAGCCUCCUUAGCUAGGAGCAAGAGCACCGCUGCCCUGUCAGCUGACGGAGCAGACCCGCCAGAGUCUCACCUCUGUCCUCGUUCAGCCUCGGCCAGCCCCCUGCACCCUCCCCGAGGGCCCCUGCGGAGCCGCAGCAUCGACCGGCAAAAGGCUGGCCCCCCCUCCUCCGCCUCUUCGGAAGGCGGCGCGGACGGCGCACAGGUGAGUCCGGAGAGGCACGCGAGGGCCUGGAGACGGGUGCCACGCAGGCCAGCGUGUGUCAUCGUCCUCAGGCCUGAGGAGAGGAGAAAAGAGAUUGAUGCAUUGAGGCAGAGUCCACGAAACCGCCCCUCAUCUCCCGGCGGAGGUAAACAGCGCCCCCCGUCUCCUCAGCCCUCCGCCACCAAACCGCCCCCCAUCCAGCGCCCGGCUCUCACCCCCACUGGGCCUCCCACCCUCCGCAAGAGGGACUCCAAACCCAAAGAGGGCCCCACGGUGCAGCCGGUCACCCCACAGUCGCCCGAGGCCCCGGCCAGUGUGGCCCCCAGCACCAAGACCAAAGAGGACUCCAGCACCAAAGCUAUAGCAGGGACCACGUCAGCCGAGGAGGCGGCUAAGAUCCUGGCGGAGAACCGGCGCCUGGCCCGGGAGCAGAAGGAACGAGAGGAGCAGCAGAGGCUGCAGAGAGAGGAGGAAGAGAGGCUCCGGAGAGAGGAGGAGAGGCAGCUGGCGGAGCAGGAGCGGGCGCGGCGCGAGGAAGAGGAGAAGCGGCUGGCGGAGGAGAAGAAGAGGGAGGAGGAGGAGAACGCGCGCUUGGCUGAGGAGGAGAGAGCCAGGCAGGAGCUGGAGGAGCAGGAGAGACAGGCUGAGCUGCAACAGCAGCGAGAGGAGGCCGAGGCGCGGGCGCAGGAGGAGGCGGAGAAGGCCAGGCAGGAGAGGGAGAGGAAGCUGCAGCAGGACCAGCAGGAGCGCAUGGAGCGGAAGAAGAGGAUUGAAGAAAUAAUGAAGAGGACAAGAAAAACGGACCAAAACGAUUCAAAGAGAGAUGAGAAGGAUGUGCAGGAUGAGAACGGACUGGAGAUGCUGGGCGCAGAAGAUGAAACCAAAGAGGGAGAGAGGAGCGUGUCGGAGGACUGUGCCGAAGGGGACCCGGAUCAGAGCCACCUGGGACGUGAACGCAGCGAGCAUGCAGAGAGCACGGCGGGGGACCAGGCAGCCAUUACCCCUGGGGAGGUGGAGGAGCUGGAGGGCGUGAACGGGAGGGCAGAGGAGGAUGACCAGGAGAACAACAAUGGGACAUGUCCUGAGGGAGUCAGUUUGGUGCCUGAAGCCCAGCCAGUGGAUUCCUCGUUUGUGCACGUUAAUGAAGACUCCAAAGUGGGGCUGCUGCCCAAUCUCAAUGGGAAGUCCAGCUCCUGGAGCUUUGAGGAGCUCAUAGAUCUGGGAGUCCACUCCAAAACCACACUAAUUACUGUAGACGCCAUUAAUGCUGAUGACUGUAACCAAAACCUAAUAGAUGCUGCAGGCAUUCCUGACGGACCUAGAGUGGCAUUUGAAGACAAGGCUGCAGUGACCUCAUUGAGUAAGCCCAUUGAAGCCGUUUCAGACAUGUGAGAGAGGGAGAGGGGGCGCCUGCAGGUCUGUGAUUAUUGCACUCCCGGAAUCCUGUCUUGUACUGCUCCCUGAAGGCCUUCUGGUCCGAGACGAGCUGCUUUGACCGAGAGAGAGAACUGCGACCGCGGCGGGCGAGCCAGAGAGCACACGUGGAAACACUCGAAAGGAAUGUGGAUUGCUAACUUUGCACCUCAAAGAAAAAAAAAGUUAAAAAAAGCUUCAGGGAAAAAAAUAUUCCUUCAUUUUGCUCUGCUUUUUGUCUUAGACAAUUAAGUCUCAUCUUAACAUGAACUGAGUCUUUUUUUUUUUAAUUGUGGGGUUGCAUGAUCAUAUUUAUUUUAUCUGGCUUCUGCACAUUGACUGUUCUGUUCCCAGGCUUCUCCGUCCAGAUUUCUGUGGGGGGGUGGGGUUGCCUUCUGUGUGGUGUGAGACAUCGUAGCUGAGCCCCGAGAAGCUUUAAAAAGCCAGUGGCUCUUUCUUAGGCAGGUUAGUCCUGCGGUGGAGGAGCUCGCUUAGGGGCUUGAAGGUUUCGCCCUGAGCGAUGACGAUCUGAGAAGGGGGUUCCCAGCCCUGACCCCCAAAUCCCACCUUUUUUUUUCCCAGCCAAGCUCUUAACUGGACCCUUAACGUUGGCUCUGAAAUGUGACAGAUAAACGUGGUCGACCUCCAGCACAUUUUGAGAAGGAAACCUGCAGAGGAGUCGACGUUAUUCCGAUUAUCGGACCGGUGUUAAGGGUUCAGUUGUGCAACUGAGAGCUCGGCUGAAAUGGAAACCAGCAGGACUGGGGGUGCCCAGGACCAGUGGUGGGAAGCCCUUGUGCUACGAGACGAAAGCAUGUUGCUCACGCCUUGGGAAGAUGGGCGUCUUCUGUCUCCCAGUCUCUUUCUGCCUGUCCACGCCCAGACUUUCCCUGGAUUAUCGUCUCUGGCUGGCUUGAGCAGGUGUAAGUGCAGGCCUUGUCCCUCCCUCUUGCCCCCUCAGGGCAGUAGAGCAUGUGUAGAGGAUUGACAUCUCUUUCAGACGGUGUCUGCGUCAUAACUACGGCUCUGGUAAGCAUGUAUGCUUGAUCAGUUGUUAAUCACAACUGCAAACUCUGAUACAGGUUCUGAGUUCAUUGUAAGUGAUCCAGAAGCCAUGGCUGAUGGAGGUGUGCUGCUUUGUCCUUCUUGAUCUGAACAGACCUGUAGUCCAGCCUGGCAUUAGCUCAAUGAAACAUCUCCUAUACUGUAUAAAGGUAGUGGACCUUGGCCAUGGCAUUUCACAGCUGUGGGAUGUAAGGUUUGCUAAGAGGUCACUGCUAAAACUAGAAUUCACACGAGAAAAUGUUUUAUUAUAAUAAGAACAGUUGCCAAUACUUUCCGAAGUCUGAAGGAUUCAACCUUAUCAAAACUAGUGCUUGCGUUUGACAAGGUUUUCCAAAUAAGAUUCUCUUCCCUGGAAUAUGGUCUGGCUGUUUUGUACCUGUAGGUUUCCUUGUACUGUUUAUUGAUUGUAUAUGACUAGUCAAAUAUUUUUUUUAAUUCUAAUUUAAUUGCAUUUUGACAAGAAUAAACAUAGCAGCUGGUAAUAUCUGCAUGAACACCAACCUAAGGCAAUUAAACAGAAUGCGACGAUGAUUCAAUGUUAUUGUUGAGUGUCUUUGCACAGUCGGGCGAUUUUUAUUUUCUUCCCGACCCUUCAGUGUGGCUGGAGUCCAGGUGGUAGAAUAGGGUUCUUCUGGGGCUGCGGCUCACACUUAUGAGGCUUCAUCCUGCUCUCAGGGGGCUUCAGAGUGUGGCUGUUUCAAUAUUAAUGUUGUUACAUGAAUUUUUUAGUAUUAUUAUUAUUGUAAUAUUUCUGCACUAAUGGGUAGAAGACACUCAGUCCUUACAAGAUUACAAUUUCAAAUUUUACUCAAUUUUAAGGAAAUAUAAUUUGGCUUUUCAUAUUUAUAUAUUACAGUAUAUUUCUUCAUAUUGUACGUUUAAAUAUUUUAUGAUGUAAUCAGUAUUAGGCCAUAAAGCCAUUUUCUUCUUGUGGGAGUGUUAGUUUAAAACAUUGUUACUGUACAUUUUUUGUUGCAUCUUCAAACGCAUACCUUUCUGGGUAGAUGUUAAAGCCAGUCUAUUGUUUCUUUUUUGUGAAGAUUUUGUCCUACGAUGUAAACUUCUUUUAGGAUUUUCAAGAGAAUCAUUUUGAUUUAAAACAAUUGAAUCUCUGAAUCCGUGUGCGCAUAAUGAUAACAGAUCUUUGUAAAUGAAUUUUAUUUGGCAUCAGGGAUUUUGGCCUCCUUGCUGAGGCCAGACUGCAAUUUCUGAUCUCAUUUUAGGAGGAAAUAAAAGUACUUUUACUCAUAACGCCUGUCAGGACGGUGAGAGAUUAUGCACUUUGGGAGGGUCUGUGAGAUGGGUGAUUUUGACGUUUGUCAUAAAUUGUCUGCCUGAUGUGGAAGAGGGCGCGAGAGAUGUUGGGGGUGUGUCUGCCUUGCUGGUCUCCGCCAGUCUUCAGUGCUUCCCUCUUCCUAGAAGUGUUUGAAGAUGUGUGGGGUCCUGUCAGGUUGGUAAUUCGGUUAUUGCACGUACAAGAAACUGCCUGCAGACAUACUUUGGCUGCUGGUUACUGUUCGGCAGCCCUGUUUUGAAAAGGCUCAUUAAACUCCUCAUCACAUAUACAGUAUGUAUACACAGUGAGGGAGCAAAUUUGGAGUUUAUGAUUAACACAAGUGUCUUUCUUCUCCGGUGGUUGUGGUUGGGAGUUUUGGCGUUAUUUUUAAGGAAAGAAAACCUCGCGCGAUUCCUUUAUUCACCUUGCGGCCGAGCUGCAGCUGAUCCAUUUAAGCUCCAGGAUUCGCUGGUAGCUUUUUUUUUUUUUUCCCCUACUUGAGAACAUAGGAAGGGUUUGCUGGCUUAUCAGCCUGGCUUGCAAGCUGUGAGAAACGGCAGGACGCUACGUGGAUAAGUCUGUCUUGGAAGCAUGCAUCCACAGAAGGGUAAGCGUCUUGAGGGGGAGUUCUUCAUGUUGCACAGAACACUUUAAUUGAAGGGUUACAGACACAAAUGACUACCUUGCCUCCGAGCUAGUGGCAGUGUUGUGACAUCAAGCUGUCUAGUUUCUCAUUCCCCUAGUGGGCUACAGUAGAAUAAACACUCUCAUAUCUGUGUGAUGCCUUAGCAAGCCAGCUUCUGCUGUUAUUUUGAUUUUUCUGGUUAUACGCCUGUAAUACCUUCAAGCUGUCGUUGAAGUGCUUGUACUUACAACAGAUCUGCAGCUGGCAGAGUAACUUUUUUUAUAUUUUUUAGGUAAAUUUGUGGAUCCUUUUAUUCCAGGUCAUUGUUGGGAAGUAAUUAAAGUGCAUUUGAGUAGGUUUUGUGUCCUUUGUGUUUAUCGUACAUCAGAUUGCCUCAGACAUUUGUAUUUUUUAUAUAUAUAUAAAGAAGCCCUUGGCUCUGUACAGAUUUUAGCGUUGAGUGAUUGUGUGGCUUCAGUUACUGUAAGGAAAGGGAAAGGCAGUGGGGUUUAGACAGCACUAGAUGUCACUACAGUACAGGAACUCCGCAGUUAGGAGCAUCCCCCUUUCUUUGGAGUCCUUGUUCUUGGGAAACAGGAUUUAAGAUAAGCCAGUUCAAGGAGGCUAAUGGUUUGUUUGUUUGUUUUUUCUUCCCACCCCCACAUCUUUUACAACAGCCUUUGUCAUCAGACUGCUUUAACACAGAUUGUAAAGCUUGGCCUAAUCUGCUGUGAAUAGUUCUUUUUGUACUUCAGAGUAAGGGUGACAAGACCGUUCUUGUUUUUCCGGUUUCCUCGGUUCUUGAGUGUGUUGCCUAUUUGUCAGACUCUGCCUGUGCGGCAUGCUGCUUAACUAAGCACACAUUUGUCUUACUGGAAAGCAGUUUGUUUCACAUAUGGAGUAACUGUUAAUAAUCCCAAAACGUUGCAAUGUUUUAGAAUAGAGCAGUGCCUUAGGUUGAAAAUAGGCUGCGUAUUUUUGUAAAAACAAAAAGCUUAUCCUGGCCAUGACAAUCAUUUACUAGUGAAUUGGGCUCUGAAGAUAACGUUAGUCGGGAGCUGUGCAUUUGUGCUUCAAUGCCUGUCCACAGCAUAUUGUAAAUACAUCUCAAGUGUACUGAUAUAAUAUGAACUGUUUAAAUAAAGUUUUGCAAAAUAAAA